AUGGGUAGUUGCAGUGCUCAGUUGCAGUCCUCUCAGACCCAAGUGCUUCUGCAGUUGAAAAAGCACUUGGAGUACCCAAGACAAUUGGAAAUAUGGAGAGAUCGUUGGACAGAUCUUUGCUCCUUUUCUUCUUCUGGGCAAGUGAAUGUCACAUGCAAGGACAAUUUUGUCACUGAGCUCUCCAUCUUGGGUGAUAAGCCAACCAAGGGUAGAGAUUUUGAUGGAUUUGCCAUUCCAAAUCAAACACUAUCAGGUAGCUUCUCCAUGGACUCUUUUUUAGCUACUCUGGCAAGGUUAACUAGCCUGAGAGUCCUUAGUCUUGUCUCUUUGGGCGUGUGGGGACCGCUUCCUGAUAGAAUUCACAGACUCUAUGCACUUGAACAUUUGGACUUGAGUUCCAAUUAUCUUUAUGGAUCAAUCCCUCCAAAGAUUUGCACAAUGGUGAACCUUCAAACUCUUGGAUUGGGUGAUAACUUCUUCAAUGGUACCAUCCCAGACUUGUUCAAUUCAUCAAGCAAUCUCUCAGUUCUUAGUUUGAGGAAUAACAGGUUGAAGGGUCCAUUUCCACCUUCAAUCCUUAGUGUCCCCACUUUAAAAGUCAUUGACAUGUCAAGCAAUCAACUAUCAGGGUUCUUGCAAGAUUUUAGUGUUUUGAGUAGCUUGGAACAGCUAGAUUUAAGAGAAAACAGAUUAGAGUCUUCCCUGUCUGCAAUGCCAAAGGGGUUGAUUAGUCUGUUCCUCAGCAGAAAUUCCUUCUCAGGUGAAAUUCCCAAGCGCUAUGGUCAACUUAACAUGCUUCAGAAGCUUGAUGUUUCCUUCAACGCACUCACAGGCACUGCUCCUGCUGAACUUUUUUCUUUGCCAAACAUUAGUUACUUGAAUUUGGCAUCCAACAUGUUAAAUGGACCACUGCAGACUCACCUAAGAUGUAGCAACCAACUUUUUUUUGUUGACAUAUCUUACAAUAGGUUAGUGGGGGACUUGCCUUCUUCACUGAGCACUAAAUCAGAAAAUAGAGUUGUUAAGAGUGAUGGAAACUGUUUAUCUGGGAGUGUGCAGCAUCAGCAUGCAGUAUCCUACUGCACAGAAGCUCAUGCGAAGAAGAAAUCAUACAGAAUUGGAAUUUUUGUUGGGGUCAUUGUAGGAAUUCUUUUAAUCUCUGUGGUUUUGGCUAUGACCAUUGUUAUAACUUGUAAGAAGUUUUUCCAUCGAGGAGUUUCAGAGCAGCACCUAUUGCAUAAAACAGUUCAAGAUAGCAGCAAUUCAGCAGGGUUCUCCUCUGAGCUUGUCACAAAUGCAAGGUAUAUUUCUGAAGCUGCAAAGUUAGGCAGAGAGGACCUCCCCACAUGUAGGUCAUAUUCUUUGGAAGAGCUAAAGGAAGCCACAAAUAGCUUUGACAACUCUACUUUCAUGGGUGAAAAUAUAUAUGGGAAGCUUUAUAGAGGAAAACUGGAGAGUGGGAUGCAGAUUGUAAUAAGGUCCAUGCCUUUGUCAAAAAAGUAUUCAAUUAGGAAUUUCAAACUGCGGUUGGAUUUGCUUGCAAAGCUCCGUCACCCUCAUUUGGUAUCCCUCCUGGGUCACUGCAUUGAUGGUGUUGUAGGAGAGAAUAGUGAGACAAAUGUCUUCCUCAUUUAUGAAUAUGUGCCAAAUGGGACUUUUCAAAGAUAUCUCCCUGGAGAUAUUCCUGGCAAGGUUUUCAAUUGGUCAGAGAGAUUGGCAGUACUAAUUAACAUUGCUAAGGCUGUGCACUUCCUACACACUGGCAUGAUACCUGGUUUCUUCAAAAAUCGACUUAAGACAGACAAUAUCUUGCUGGAUGAGAAUUGGAUGGCAAAGUUGAGUGACUAUGGAUUGUCCAUUAUAUCAGAAGAAACUGAUGCAUGUGGGGUAAAAGGAGAAAGUCCAAAUUCAUGGCAAAUGAAAAUGUUAGAGGAUGAUGUUUAUAGCUUUGGAUUCAUACUACUGGAAGCACUUGUUGGACCUUCUGUAUCAGCUAAAACAGAAGCAAUUGUGCUGAAUGCAAUGGCAACUUUCAAUACUCAGGAUGGCUGGAAAAAGAUUGUGGACCCAGUUGUGCAAGCUACUUGCUCAAAAGAAUCACUUUUUGUUGUGAUUUCCACAGCAAAUAAAUGUAUAUCUCCUGAGUCAUGGAACCGACCAUCCAUUGAGGAAGUCCUUUGGAACCUUCAGUAUGCUUCUCAAAUUCAGGCAAAAGCUGAUGGGGAUCAGAGAAUUUGA